CCUGUGUGGCACAUUAGCCUUCACCAUAGACUGGGACAGAGGCCCUUUUAGCAGAGAUGGAAGCUACCAUUUCCCUAUGACUUCUAGCCUACAGUUAAGCUUCUGCAAAAGGAUAGCACAAUGUGAGAGGACGGUGCUUUAACAUGACAGUCCUAUGGGCUGUGUUUACGUGGGCAGUCAAAGGGAUACUCUGCACCUGCAGGUUCCUUUGGAUAUGUCCAUACAAUGCUAUCAGAUUCUUACCAAGGGAAAACCCCAUUACAGAGGGCAAAAGCCAUCAGUUGAAACAAGUUGUGGAGAAGUUUUCUUUCUGCAGUGUGAGAUCAUGGAGGAAAUCUCAAGGGCCACAUCGAGUUUUUGUUCCUCACUCCCCGAUGGACUUACAGCUAGGCCAUCAGGUCAGGAUCAUGCUGCCAUCUGGGAGGAUCAGCACAGGAGUAGUUCGUUUCCUCGGUCACCUGCAGGGGGAGGUAGAUCUCCACCUUGGAGUUGAGCUGCAAACUCCUGAUUCAGGGCUAUGUGAUGGGAGCCACCUGGGACACAGCUACUUUGAAUGCAAACCUGGAUACGGGGCUUUUGUACCUUUCCACAAACUACUAAUGGCAUGGGAGUAACAAAAAUACAUACAUCUUACCAAGCUCGCCAUCGACUAGAGGACCAGGUGAAUACAGAACAGUAUCAUCAAUCUGACGCCGCAGCAUAAUGGUACAUUUACACAUGCAUCUUGCCUGUGAAUCGAUAUCAAUUUCCUAUUCACAAUAAAAACAUCAGUUCAACAAA